AUGUAUUCAAUUCCUGCUGUGAUGCAAGUUAAUGAUCUAAAUGUAUCUGGCUGUGAACUUUUUGAAAAUGAAUUUGAAAACACACCUUCCAAUUGCAACAGUUUAAAUGUUGCUCCAUCGGUACUGCGUUUAAUGAAUGAUGAUGAUGUAAUAUCAAUGCAUGUUGGCAAUAGUAAUGCUGUUAGUAGUUCAUUAAAAGCUAGGGCGAUCAAAAAGACAAAUAAUGAUAUAGGAUUGUUAUGUAGUAUUGGUGUAAAAAAUAGAAGACAACUUACUCCAAAAUGUUUGAAACUAUACAACGCAACCAAUAUUCUGUUAAAAAAAUGUAGACGUGCCAAGAGCCAAAAAUGUCUUUUUAAAGACAGACUUAAAGGUGCAGAAAAACUGAAUGAUAAUUAUUUGACUGAUAAAUGUACAAAUAAAAUAAAUGCAGCCACUUCAUUGUUCAUGAAACUACAAGUAAGAGAGACAACUAAGGCAAGCCGUGGACGAAGAUUCAGUAUUGAUGAAAAAAUGUUAAGCCUAUCAUUAUACAAAAGAAGUCCUAAAUGCUAUAGGAUGUUAUCAAAACUUUUUACUUUGCCUAGUAAAAGGACACUCAACACAAUUUUAUCGACGGUAUCCAUUCGACCUGGCAUUUGCCCUCUCGUGAUGAGUGUACUCAAAGAAAAUGUACAGAAAUUAAAGCCAAUUGAGCGAUAUUGUUCAAUUAUAUUUGAUGAAGUGUGCUUGAAUGGUGGACUACAAUAUAAUUCAACCACUGAUGCUAUUGAUGGUUUUGUUGAUUCUGGAGAUUAUAAAAGUCAACUACUUGCUGAUCACGCUCUGGUGUUAAUGGUUCGUGGAAUUAAAAAAAAAUUUAAGCAGCCAGUAUCUUAUACAUUUUGCCAAGGAGCUACCAAACAACAUGAACUUGUGCGGCAAUUGAGAGAAGUAAUUUGUCAAGUCCAAGCAACUGGUUUGUGUGUGGUUGCCACUAUAUGUGAUCAGGGAUGUGCAAAUGAAGGUGCCAUAAAUAUUUUGAAAAAUGAAACCAAAUUGUAUUACCUAAAACAACAAAAUGACUACCGGGUUGACAUUUAUGAAAUUGAAAUUAAAUCUGAUGAUGGUGUAGAACGCAUUCCUAUUGUGCAUUUGUUUGAUGUACCCCAUCUUUUAAAAUGUACAAGAAAUAAUCUUAUGACAAAAGAUUUAUGCUUUUCUUCUGAUGGGGUCAAACGAAUUGCGAAAUGGGAUCAUUUAAAACAAUUGUACGAUACUGACAGUAUCAUACCGGACUGUAAAAUGCUUCCUCGUUUGACUGACAACCAUGUUAUACCGGAAAAGGUACCAAAAAUGAAGGUACGAUUUGCCACACAAGUGUUCAGUCAACGGGUAUCUGCAGUUAUGAACUUUCUUGCUUCUAAAAGUAUCAUUGACCCAAAAGCAUCUGACACAGCAGCUGCCUUUUUAUUUUUUAAUAAGCUGUUUGAUUCCUUAAUUGGCUCAUUUGAUAAACAAGUAGACGGUAAAAUGUAUAGAACAUCUGUGAAACAAAAUUCGGUUCACCAUAAACUUUGGCAAGAGAGUUUGAAAAUAUUGUCAACAAUGCAAUUUGUUGGAAAGAAUGGAAAAGCAGUUAAAGUACCAACACUUAAAAAUUGGUCAACAACAAUAAGAGGUUUCCAAACACUGUCAAAAAAUCUUUAUAAUAAAGGAAUAAAAUCAUUACUCCCCAGGCAUCUGAACCAAGAUUCUUUGGAAUGUUUCUUUGGUGCUACAAAAAGUGUUGGUUGUUCCAAACCGACUUGCAGUCUAUUUAUUUCAGCGUAUAAAACUUUACUUCUAAAUAAUUUGGUGUCCUCACAAUCUCCAGGAGUAAACUGUGAAGAAAGUCUGAUGAGUUAUAAAAAUUUAUUUUCAUUUCAACAAGAACAUCCUAAACCAAUUUUCUCAUCAUUUAACUUCCCAGAAAAACAAGUAGCUGAAUCUACUAAUUCUACUAAAGAUUUAAGAGAUUUGACGCAUACCUACAUUGCUGGAUAUAUAAUCAAAAAACUUAACAAAUGUGUUUUUAAAAACUGCGAAACUUGUUUACAACAACUAUGUAGUGAUAAAGUUCUUAAUGAACAUGCAUUAAUUGAAGCAAGGGAAUAUCAAUCAUUAAGACCAUCUUUGAAAUAUCCAGCUGCUACUUUCAAAUAUCUAGUUCAAGACAUAAUUUCAUACACCAGCAAAAUACUGCCUUCAAUAUGUCAUCACUCGCAAUUGAGACAAUCACUAGUCGCAGAUAUAUUAACUAAGUUCAAUGUUGAUAUUCUUCAUUGUUCCAAACAUGAAACAGAUUUCAAUAAAAAAAUAGUAAAGUGUAUUGUAGAGUUAAUAAUAAAUCAUUGGUGUACAGAAGUAAAUAGGAUUUUAACGGGAAAACGUAAGAUACGACUACAUGAAAAUGACCCUAUAUUUUUAUUUGCAAAUACAUGGUAUUUAAAACACUCAAAAAAAAAAAAAUUAGAGUUAACUGGUUUGGUACGAGACACAAUAAGGAAUACCAUCAGCGAAUAUAAAUCGACGAAAACAGUAUUAUCUCCUAACAGAAAAAGAUUGAAGACUUCACUGUUUGAAAAAACCGAUGAUAUGAAUCGCACAGGAUUACGUCGGACAAUUCAUUCCAUUUGGUUAAAACGUGAACUACCAACCAUUGACCGAAUUUUAUUCGACGUAAACGCAGAUCCGUCGCUUCCAAAUUUUAAAAGGACGUCUCUAUAUCGUGUCAUAAAAAAAUUGGACUUUGUAUUUACAAAACGAAAAAGGUGCAGUGUGCUGACCGAGAGGGAAAACCUAAUUGUUUGGCGUCGUAAGUAUUUACAAGACAUUCGGAAAUAUAGAGCUGAAGGUCGAUCUAUAUAUUAUCUGGAUGAAACUUGGUUAAACGCCGGCGAUUGUGUCGAUCGUAUUUGGAAGGACAAUACGGUUCUCUCCAAACACGAUGCAUUCAAUAAAGGCCUAACAACUGGUCUACCAAAUCCAUCAGGUAAAGGAAAACGACUAAUUUUACUAAACAUUAGGUUGGAGAAUGGUUUUCUGCCAGGUAGCCUAUUAUGUUUCGUUUCCAAAAAAAAUACAGGAGAUUACUAUGAUGAGAUGAAUGGGGAUAACUUCAAACAGUGGUUCGAGUCCAUUAUCCCUGUACUCGAUCCAAAUUCAAUCAUCGUCAUGGACAAUGCGCCGUACCAUUCAGUAGAGCAAGAAAAAUAUCUAAAUAGUUCUUGGAAAAAGGCAGCUAUAUUGGAGUGGCUCAUUUCCAGAGAUGUGGUUCGUGAACGACCGCUAUCGUCAUUGUUGAAGCCCGAACUUCUGGCGAUAUCAAAAGAAAUGAGACCACAAUACAAAUCGUAUGUAAUAGACAACUUGGCCAAAGACAACAGGCACACCAAAAACACCACUUUCAAAAUCGACGAUGUUCGCCAACUACUAAAUACAGCAAUUGAAAGGGUUACCCCUCAAAACUGGAAAAAUUUUAUAAAGCACGUAAUUGAAGAAGAGGACAGAAUAUGGAAAGCGGACGAUAUCAUGGACGAAUUGAUAGAUGCAAUGGAACCUUAUAUUAUGACGAUAACAGGAGAAACAACUUCAACAGAUGAUUCGGAGUAA